AUGCACCUCACCCAGCUCAAUCGGGAAUGCCUUUUACAUCUGUUCUCUUUUCUGGACAAAAAUAGUAGGAAAAGUUUAGCAAAAACAUGUCACAAGAUGCUGGAAGUGUUUCAGGAUCCUUUACUUUGGUCAUUGCUGAACUUCCAUUCUCCAGCGGAACUGAAGAAGGAUAACUUUCUCCUGGGACCUGCUUUAAAAUACUUAUCCAUCUGCUGGUAUUCAGAGAGAGUCAAGGUGUGUAACAUUGAGGACUGGAUGAAAAACACGUUCCAGAAAGACUUCUGUAACAGACAUGAAAACACUGUCAGUGACUUUUUACUAGAAGUUUGCAACAGAUGUCCAAACCUGCUGUCUCUGACCCUCUCUGGAUGUGGCCAUGUUACAGACGAUUGCAUCCUGCUGCUUCUCCAGAGCUGCCCACACCUCAAGACACUCAAGUUGGAAAACUGUGUGCGGAUCACUGAUCAGACCCUGGAAGCAGUGACCCUCUACGGGGCAUCACUGCAAACGCUCCAUGUGGAUUUCUGCCGGAACGUAACACAGACUGGGCUGGAGAAGGUCAGGGAAAAACGGCCUUUGGUAACCCUGAGAGCAGAGAGGAGUGCUAACAUGAUUCCAGACAGUAAGCCAGAAAAAAAGUUGAUGCUUGAAAAAGCAUCAAGGAAAUUGGUUCAGCUUUAAGUACAAAGUGUAUAAACUUGGGUCAGUGUGGGUAAUGCACUUCACCUCCACUCGUGGCUACUCCUCUGCAAGCUGGUUUAAGUCCAAACAGCUGGUUGACAGGUUUUGCAAAGGCUGCUCUGGGGCACGUAUCUCCACCAGGACAGUCUGUUCCUUGAAACUGGAAAACCUUGUGUUGCUGUCUAAAAAUGCUGGACUUGACUGAGGCUGAAAACUGCAAUUUAGUCACCCUUGUGUCAUAGAUGGGUGGCAUACACCUCGCUCAGAAGAGAGAAUCAGGAAUGUAUUUUAGUGAGCUAAAAUAAUAAUUUAACAGUUCAAUAAAUCUGAUUAAAUUUAACAAGGAUUUGUCAAGGCUCAGUAAGCUUGAUGGCAAGGUUCACCUUAUUAAUUACUGCAUGGAACACACACAAAGGAAAAUGGAAUUAGUCAAGUUAGAAGGAUUCACACAGAGACUGGAAAUGCAGAGAGGAAAGAAGACCCUCCCACUGAGUCACAAGCUCCAGUGGACCCCCUUGCUUUGUAAACUCCUUACAUAAUGGGACAGAGCAUAGAGCUGUAGCAGAUGGUACUUCAGGGCAAGGAUUAACAAGUUUCUGUUAAAGGAUAUAUCCAUAUGGGCUUUCCAUCUGCUAAGUGUGACAGCCAUGCCACGUAAGAUCUUUCCAGCAAAAGCAGAGUACCUGACAGCCAUCACUUCCUCAGUGAUUACAUUUGUCUCUGAUUUGUCUGGCUUAUUUAUUAAAUGAGCAAUAUGCACAAAACCCUGUCUGACUCUCUGCAGAACAUGCUUUGACAAGAUACACCAAGUUACUUCUUUUAAGUUGACGUAAAGAAAGCACCAUUUGAACAAAUGCUAGUUUUCCUAACUAACCUAUAGGAGAAGACAGUGACUUAAAAUCUGUAUCUUUAAAUGCUAAAAUCAGGAACACACAAAUCUACAUAAACACCUGUUUUUUCACUGCAAAGUACAAGCCAAAUAGCAAUUUUCACCACAAAGCACAAAGCCUGUCUCAAACCCCAGGCUUUACUCUGUGUGAGCAUGUCCUCAAAUUCUGCUUUCCCUUUCCAUUUUGUUCACCAGUUCUGACAUGAAUUCCGAAUUCUGACUCUCAGAGAACACACCAUAAUACACAAUUCUGCUCAUUCUUGCUGAACUUGGGGGAUGCUGAACAUCCCUUAAAUGGCUCUCCCAUUCAGUACCACCCACUGAAGAACUUCAGGCUUACAGAGAAGACAGGUGGCUAAAUCUGGCUGCCCAUAACUGCUUCCCUAGAGGACCAGAUGUCAGUCCAGCUUAGAUGUCAAACAGAAGGCUGCAUACAGGCCAGUGGGACAAACUAUGGUUCUGAUGAGUUCCAGCUUCAAGUCUACAGCAAUUAACAUUUCAUUUUAAAUUAAAACUAAAGCAAAUUUAGAAAUACUAGCUUUUGGAAAUAGCGGUCUGUCCCAGGAGAGAGUCAGCUUUUCUGUCCCAUUACACAACAACUGCUCAAGACUUCAUCACUACAGCAGCCUCUGUGCACACAACAGAGCAAGCCUGUUCCUCAUGGACAUGAGGGGCUCUGCGACUUGAUAAUUAAUCCUCCUGCACCGGUAACAUGUUGAACACGGAUUAAAUCUGCUAGUUAAACACAUAUGAACUGGAACCUGCAUUGCUGGAAUUCAAGUAUAUCAAGACUGUCAUGGUGUAGAAUAAUCUCAUAGCUUUGUUGCAUUUUAAGAGUUGUAUCUACAAAUACAGAUUUGCAGACUUA